AUACUAGGUCUAUGCGAGACUACAAACUUCCUGACAGCAGCAAAGCGUUUGUCUGGUUUGUCUGCGUGCUGCAAGAGAGGGGCGUUUAAAAUGCAAUGCAACAGCGCCACCUUCAGUGGACACUAUGGCGCUGGCGAGGAUUGGUAAAUGUUGUCGGUCGUUAGUACAUGAGCCCUCCAAAGGACUGUUUUUUGGUGUUUUACAGCCAGGCGGGAUUGAAGGUUGUAUAGCUAAGAGGCAUCUGUUGUCAGAAGAUGUUAUCAAACUACAAGACUUCCAGCAAAGGAAGCUGGCUGUGGCUCACCUUGUCUCUGGAACGAAAGGAAAUUAUAUAGAGCUGUUCAGUCAGAAGCUUCAAAGGAAUGAGCUGAUACUGAGAGAUGAGCUGAAGCUUCUCCUUCACUUGUGCCAGUCUGCAGAUGACAUGGUGACAGCCAGAGAUGCCAUUUAUAGGUACCAUGCAGAGAACCGGAACUUGGUGUAUGGAGAGUUUAAGUUUGGUCCUCUCUUCGUGAGACUGUGCUAUGAGCUUGGUCUGGAGGACUUGGCUGCUGCUACACUUACAGAUAAGAAUAUGAGAGAAUUUUUCAACGACGCAACCUCCUUUAACAUCACCUUAGACAUGUUAUUCACAAAAGGCUCUUAUGAAAAUGCCUUGGAGGUACUAAGAACUAUGAGGAACCAAGGUGUACCAUUCAACAAAGACACAUUGACACUGGCAUCUGGCAUCUGCUAUAAACUGGACACGGCGGAGUCCUACAGGAUCUGCACUGCUCUGAUAGAGGAGGGGCAGACCAAAGGGCACUCAAUCCCCAGACAUGCUUACUGCUUUGCUGUAGCACUUGCACUUAGACGAAAUGAUAUAGUAAAGGCACAGUCGUUGUACUCAAAAAUAAUGAGCACUGACAGCAGAUUAUGCCAAAAUUUAAAGGUUAUAAUACUAGCAAGGUCAGGAGCGCUGACAGAUGCCAUUUCCAUCCUGUCUGCAGCCAUGCUGCUUAAAAGCCCUUCUUUUGUGAAGAAGCCUGAAUUUUCUCAGGAGGUGGUGGAUUUGCUGCGCUUUCAGAGUGAGGGCGGACCACACAUGAUGAAAGUGGAGCAGAUAGUCACUCAUCUUGAGCGAGCUGAUCAGGUGACCCAGCAGACCCUUGAUGGCAUGCUCUGCCACACACCCACAGGGAGGAGGAAACCAGCGCUAAUAAUGGAGGAGAGGAGGACCAGCCGAAGGACUCUGAAGCCACUACAGUCCACUCUGCUGUCAGAGUGAGAGACUCCCUGUGCCAUUGCAAAGCCUGCUUUAACUAAAGGCUCUGAUAUGAGGCUGAACGCAAUCCAUCAAAAAACACUAGUCUCGUAUUGCCUGACCCUCCUCCACAGCGCUGUGCAGGAGGGUCUGGCUAGUCAACACAGCAAUUUGGGAUGGGAGAAAAACGUGCUCUCGUUUAUUGGCAUUUCUUUAAACCAGUCACAAUCGUCUUGGGAGGUGCUAAAUUCCGAGUGGAGCCACGGUGCCGCUGCAAAAUAGCCUCGGGAAGGAACUUGUUUUGGUGGAACGUGUACGUUCAAAGGUUGUUUUAAUCAUGCACAGAAAACUCAGAUUUUACAGAUCGUCUAGCUAGCUGUAUUGUUUUUUACCCUGCAGAGAUCUGAGGAGUAGUUAACCAUAAUUCUCAUACAUCGACCGGAGUUGACAAUUACAACACAAAGAAAGCGGACAUCCGAAAAGAGCGAGAUCCGGCUGAAUUUCCCGGCAGAACGAGAGCAAUCCCGGAAGUGGAACGUCGUAGAUAUAGACUAAAAAACACUAACUCUAGCUAGAGUAGACUUUGUCAUGAUUACUGUAUCUACCUCUCCUUAGACACAGACAGAGUCCUCCAUCUGCAGACUGAACUUCUGUCCCUUUUUUGUGUUGCCCCUAUCCAAAUUUGAUGAAAAAGGUCAAAAAUCUUCUUUUGUGCAGCAGUUACUUUAACAGAAAGCUGCUGAGAGAAUUUUACACCAUCACACCAAUGGCAAUGGAUUUCCUUGCAAGGAUCUAUGCAUAAUAAGUGAUUUGGGAAGAAUGUGUUGUGUAUAUAAAAGUGUGACUGAGUGAUUAAAGAUGAAUCGGAUAUUUAAUAAUGGAAAAAAAAGAUUAUUUGUCUUGCUUUGAUGUUCUAGGGAUGCUGGCAAAAUCAGUUUUGCAAUCUUUAAAGAAUAGGUUCUCAUUUUGAGUGUGUCUCAAAAACAACACCCAGGUGCCCAGAUGUUCAUUGCAAGAGCUUUUGCAAGCUGUAAUUACACCUCCUAUUUAUAAUGGUCAUUAAGAGAUCCUUUCCUACAAAAAAAUAUGCCAACGUUUAUCUGAAGUUAAUAUGAGGCUUCAGCAGUCUGAGUUAGAGAAAUAAUGUGGAUAUCUUCCAAAAUUACUGUCUUUUAGAAUAAAAUUAACCAUCAACCAUCUAGAUGAAGAUAUCCGCUAAUUGAUCAAAUAUUUUUAACCUGUUUCCAAAGUUGCGCCUCUGAUUUCCAAAUCACAACUAAGUUGGCAGCUCGGGCCAGCUUCCUGGAUAGAGGACAGAGUCACAACUUGAGAAAUGGGUAAAAACGCUUUUGUCAUCCAGAUGGUUAGAAGAGUCUUAGGAUUUCCUAUUGAAAGUGCAUAAGAGAGGGACCUCCAGAGUUCAGUAUUCUGAAAAGGAGGAAUGCAGCAAGCAAAACCUGUUUCAGUGUUAAUAUGGGCACCUGCAUGUUGUCUUGGAAAAUUGUGAACCUAUCCUUAAAACAACCUUUCCAAAGGCUGUUUUUUUUAAUUGCUUAAUAACUUAAAUGUAAUGGUAAUACAUUAAAAGGCACAAACUGGGGACCUAAAGCCAUG